ACCUCAAAAUCUGGUGAUCACAACGGACAUCCGUGAUGGUUGCAUUGAUAAUUUCAUCGGGACAUCCAGAUCCAGUGCAGUCCCACUAGCAGCAGGUCUCUUUGCACUGGUUCUCCAAGCUAAGAAUUCAAAGUGCACGGAUGCAAUGGUCGUCUACAAAAAACAGACGAGGGCGAUGGACGCAGACGAACUGGUCAAGAUUGAAGAUACCUCCUCAAGUGAGGAUGAAGACCGACCGGCAACGAGUAGAAAGCGGACAGCGGAGUUUGGUUCACCUCCUGCUAAGCGGAUUCGAAGCCUCGCUAGCUACGACACCAAAGCUUGGAUCAAACAAUGUAAAGAACUUACUCAAAUGCUGUGGAAUUGUCAAGACUCUGAGCCCUUCCGUUACUCAGUCGAUGAAAUGCUUUAUCCGGAUUAUCGCACCAUCAUAGACACCCCUAUGGACUUGAACAUAGUCCGAGAGCAACUUGAAGGAAUGAUCUACCAAGACCCCAUGGAAUUCUGUAAAGACGUACGCCUCGUCUUCACCAACUCAAAAAGCUACACCCCAAACAAAAAAUCUAAGAUCUAUUCCAUGACGUUACGUUUAUCAGCACUCUUCGAGGAGCAAUUCAGACCUAUUCUAAGCGACUACAAAUCAGCUCUAAAGUAUGAGAAGCAAGUCCGUUCAGGACUCAAGAGAAAUAAAAGCUUGAAAUCGCGCAUGAAAUCACGUCGCCCAUCCACCGAAGCCUCGUCCUCUAACAGCAAAGCCUCGUCAUCUCACAGCGAAGAAGACGAGGAGACAGAGAUCCCUACUCGUGCGGGGCCAUCCAGGGUGGGGCCAUCCAGGGUGGGGCCAUCCAGGGCAGGGUCAUCCAGGGCAAGGUCAUCUAGGGCGGGGCCAUCCAGAGAGAACUCAGCCAGCGUCGCCAGACCUAGUACUUCAAGACAGUUAAAUGCCAAAGAAAGUCCAACCAGUACCAGACUAAGUGCCAAGAACAUUCCUUCCAAGAGUAAAAACUCAGGAAAUCAACGACAUUUACAAAAAGCGUUGCAGAAAGAGUGAAGAGGCAAACGAAAUCCAGCAACACGAGGAAAGAUGAUUCGGGAG